GUGUCUUUGAAGUGAAAUGAGUUAUUGGUUAAAAGCAUACACGCGCGCGCACAUGUACACAUAGAUGUACAUGUAUACACGCACGUACAUUUCUUAAAUAUGUGUAUUGGAUGAAAUCUUUGAAAAGCGAUCGUAGCACGCUUCCUACGUUCCGUUAUUGUCCGCCUUUGCACACGUGUACACAUACUCACGCUCAUGCACAAACGCAUACAGAUACUUUGCUUUUUUUACUCACGUGUACACAUGUAUUCUUACUGACGCAUACACACAUAACAGCCAGGCUUAUCAAGUUACAUAUUCGACUCCAUUCAUAUUCUUCUAAGCUGGAAGUAUUCUAUACAAUACACAAGUCACUCACACAACUUUUACAUUCCUACAAUUAUAUAUAGUAACAUGCACACAUACAUUGUUUCUUUAUACGCAUACUGGCAUGGAAAUGUGAACAUACAAACGAAAAAUAUUUAAAACUGAUACAGUAAUAAAUUUAUUAUUUCUUCUUUGUGGAGUUGUGAUACGAAUAAAACAAAUAACCAGUCAUUUUAGCUUUUAAGAGUCAGUCUCUCUUUCAACACAUUCAGAAAGCAAUAAGAGAGAAAACGUCAGAAAGAGAGAAAGUGAGAGAGUGGAAGACAGAGGAAGUGAGAGAGUGGGGAGAGAGAGAAGGAAGGAAAGUGUGUGUGUGUUCUAAUUUAUUCUGCUUCUAGUUUGAAAUAUGUGAGGGGCAAACACCAUCUAGGUUCUGGGGCUUCGCCCAGGGCAUAUAAUAGAGCAUUAAUGAGGAGAGACGAACUGAUGAACACUCAGUCGAAAGUAGAAGUCCACAUCCUACCAUCUCAGUCAUUAUGGCAUCUCACUCUGACUUUACAACACUUUAUACACGUACAUUCACUCACACACACGCAUACAUACAUUCACACAUGAUCCCAUUACACGCACAUAUAUUUUAAGUACUUCUACACAAGUUUUGACAACGUAAACACCAAGAUUUUGGCUCCGUUAAGAGAACCAACUAAGAGAGGUGUUGUGCUGUCUGGCUUAACUUCAGACAGGGAUCUAUCGUGUUUUUCGCGGAAGGAAAUAUUUUUACUUCAGGUCAAUUAACGGAACCUUUACUAUUUAUCUCUUUUUACCUUGGAUUUGUUUAGCUGUAUUACUCGAGGAUUCAAAUCGCAACAAUUCUAGCAUCAUAUCAAUGCCAAAAUUGUUGCGAAAGAUUUCAAUUAUCAACUGGAAAAAAUACCUUUAUAUAUUCAUAUAUAUUUGCACAUUUACUACAUUUAAUCAAUCACAGAUGAAGUCUUUUUACCAAUCCAACAAUGUCAUGAGGUAGCCCAUUCUACCAGCAUUCAAUAAUGGGAAUUCAGAAUUCAAAGAAGAAGAAGGAGAAAAAAUGGAAGAAAUAUACAGAUAUUGGUCCUUCUCCAGGACUUACCUAUGAUGGUCUACAGACACCUUGGCAUCACCUACAGGGCAUGAAAGGAUUGCCAACAAGGUCUAUAGUCAAUAGCCCCAAAUAUUAUUAUAGUGACUUUAAUGUUACAAUGAAUACACCAAACACCAUGCCACCAAUGAACACCAAAUGCAGUGCUUCUCCCUCUGUGUACAGAGGAGGUGCUGGCUCCUGGCCACCAUCAACAGGGGAGCUCAGCUCCGACAACUACCUUAAAAUAAAUCUUGACAAUCAUCCUGAUGUAACUAAGCUACAGAAUGAGCAAAAUGCUCGUCGGGAAAAUAUGGAGCAGAGAAUCAACAAGAUUCGAACCAGUGCCAUCCAAGCUGCUGAGAGACGCAAAUUUGCUGAAAUGUUCAAAGCUGUGCCAAAAGAGACACAAACCAGUGCAUGCACACCACACCAUGCUACAUCACACCUUCUACAAGAGACAAGCUUAGCAUUAAGCAACUUGUCAACAAAUUCAUCACCCAAUGCUGUGAGAAGCAUCAACAGUAACAACAGCAGCAACAAUGACAGUAGUAAGAAGAGUGCAAGAGGUUCUGGCUGUCGAAUAUUCUCAACUAGAUCAAAAAUAUCAGCAGCAUCUCAUCACAUGGACAAUGAUGAUGAUGACAAAGGGGAAAUAAUUCCUGUACAAAUACUCAGUGAAGGCCAGAAACCUCCCCCAAACAAAGAUCAGAUUACUUUUGGAUCAUUAAGAUUCAAUGACCCGAUGAUGUAUUUGCUGCUUCCAGUACUUCUUCCAAUGUUUAUUAUUGUAUGUAUUAUCCGCGGACUUGGUCAUACAGGGGCUGGAAGUAUGUGGUCAACAAUUGGAGGCUCAGGAUGCAAUUCUACAGAUCCAGAUUCUCCCACACAAUCUUCUUCAUUGCCCUCUCCUUCUUCAUCAUCACUGUUUGGGGACAGAUCUCUUCCUGGUGGUGGAAGCAGUAGUAGCUGCAGCAGUCAGGAUGCCAGCUGUGAUAAUACACCUAAACUGAGGAAAAAACGGUAGUCAAUAAAUAAAAAAGAAGAAAAUUAGCAAAAACAUCAUAUUAAGAAACAGGAAAAAUAUAAAAACUGUAUAUAAGUACAUAUAUGCAUACUUACACACACACAUAAACACAUAUAUGCACACUCACACAUAUAUAUGUUUAUUAAGUGCCUAUUAAAGUGCAUGACAUGUAACCAAUGAGUUAGAACACUGUACGAAACAUUAUACUCCAAAAUGGAAGCCUGGAAAGAAAAUUUGUGUUAUUAUACAAAAUUUCAUGUUAUAAGUUUACUAGUCAUAAUGGCCCCAUAAUAUGGAAACAAAGUAUAAAACUGGAGAAUUUUAUUUGAAAUUAUUUAAUUACAAAUCUUUACACAUUUCGUUGGCAACCAUAAAAUGGUUCUGAAAGAGUGAAUUUACACAAUCUUUUAUCAAUCAACAUCUCAUCAGAAGUUCUUGUUGAGGACUGAAGAAUUAUGUUUAGCAUCACUAAGAAUUUAUAGUAGUUCUGACAUUUUAGAGGAGAGGGAUACGUGAAACACAUUAACAAAUUGACAUUGGCAGGGAUCAAAAUCUAUAAUAAAGACAUAAUAGCAAUUUCAGCAUUUAAAACAACAUGAAUAGCAGAAAUGGAUAGGUUUCUUGAUAUGUCUUUAUGAAUGUUUGUAUACACAUAGUCUCACAAACACACACAAACACACACACACACAAACACACACACUCACAUGUAUAUAUCACACAUAUUUAUAUUGCACACACACACUCACACACAGGUAUAUAGAUAGAUGGCUUAUGUUUAAGAUGUGUGCCCCAAAGCAAGCUGUUUUAGGCUCAGUCACACAGCAUGGCAUCUUGGGCAAGUACCUUAUACUAUAGGUCCUAGGCCAACAGAAGCUGUGUAACUAUAUAUGUAGAAAGAAUUUGAAAGAAGAUCAUUAUAAACACACACACACAUAAUGCAUAUGCAUGUGUGCGUGAGUGGGUUGUGUUAA